AUGCCGGAGGACGGGCUCAAGCCCGACUCCAUGUCGUCAGGAUGCUGCCAGCAGCUUCUACGGACCUUGGAGCCGCCUGGAUCGAGGAUGGAUGACUGGGAUGGAGACCAGGCUCCGGGCUAUCCACCGACAGACGAUGCGCGGAGGAGAGCCGCGCAGCUCGAGAUGCGGCACGGCCAGCGCCUGGGCGGGUUUGCUCGAGCACUAGGUAGCAACCAACGGGUCGUCAGCAGCAUGUGUUUGCUGUCGUCGCCCGGGUCCUCGGAGGUGCAAGUCGGGUUUCGAGGGUUUAUGGGAAGCAUCGUUGAAUCAACCAGUACUUCGGACCUAGGUACAGGUACAGACACAGGUACGGGCACGGGCACAGGCACGGAGAGCCCAUACCGCCUCCACUUUGGCAGCGUCGGGUUCCAUGGAGUCUCCAAUACUCUGGACUUGACUAAUGGCGGCUGA